GCGGCGGGAGCGGCAGGGGCGGCGGCGGCCGGAGCUCGGGGGAGCUCGUGGGACCCCAUUGGGGGAAUUUGAUCCUCGGAAGCUGCGAGAUUGCCGGGGGAGGAGAGGCUCCCGGAUCGCCGUGUCCAGUUCCAGGGGGGGGAGGAGGCGGCGGCGGAGCCGGCCUCUCGCUCGGCGUGCUCGGCGCAGCUGCUCCCUUGCCCCGUCCCGCCGGGACCAUGGUCUGCGGCCGCCCGGGAGGGAGGCUGCUGCUGCGGGCCGGGCUGCUCGCCCUGGCUGCGCUCUGCCUGCUCCGCGUGCCCGGAGCCCGCGCCGCAGCCUGCGAGCCUGUCCGCAUCCCCCUGUGCAAGUCCCUGCCCUGGAACAUGACGAAGAUGCCCAACCACCUGCACCACAGCACGCAGGCCAACGCCAUCCUGGCCAUCGAGCAGUUCGAGGGUCUGCUGGGCACCCACUGCAGCCCCGACCUGCUCUUCUUCCUCUGCGCGAUGUACGCGCCCAUCUGCACCAUCGACUUCCAGCACGAGCCCAUCAAGCCCUGCAAGUCUGUGUGCGAGCGGGCCCGGCAGGGCUGCGAGCCCAUCCUCAUCAAGUACCGCCACUCGUGGCCCGAGAGCCUGGCCUGCGAGGAGCUGCCGGUGUAUGACCGCGGCGUGUGCAUCUCUCCCGAGGCCAUCGUCACCGCCGACGGCGCGGAUUUUCCUAUGGAUUCUAGUAAUGGAAACUGUAGAGGGGCGAGCAGUGAACGCUGCAAAUGUAAGCCUAUUAGAGCUACACAGAAGACCUAUUUCCGAAACAAUUACAACUAUGUCAUUCGGGCCAAAGUUAAAGAGGUCAAGACCAAGUGCCACGAUGUGACUGCAGUGGUCGAGGUGAAGGAGAUCCUGAAGUCUUCUCUGGUGAACAUUCCAAGGGACACGGUCAACCUUUACACCAGCUCUGGCUGCCUGUGUCCUCCACUUAAUGUUAACGAGGAGUAUAUCAUCAUGGGCUAUGAAGAUGAGGAGCGCUCCAGAUUACUGUUGGUGGAGGGUUCUAUUGCUGAAAAAUGGAAGGACCGACUGGGUAAAAAAGUUAAGCGCUGGGAUAUGAAGCUCCGUCACCUUGGACUGAAUAAGAGUGAUUCUAGCCAUAGUGAUUCCACGCAGAGUCAGAAGUCUGGCAGGAACGCUAACCCCCGGCAGGCACGCAACUAAAUCCUGAAAUGCGGAAAGAACACUUGUGGACUUCCUAUUAAGACUUGCAUUGCUGGACUAGCAAAGGAAAAAUUGCACUAUUGCACGUCAUAUUCUAUUUUUUUUUUUUUUUUUACCACAAAACUCAUGUGGUAACUGAUAUUACUUCUAUUUUCUCUUUUGUUUUCUGCUUUUCUCUUUCCUCCUCCCCACCCCCGUUUUUUUGUGGUCUGGGUGCAGAUCCUUAAAUAUAUUAUAUGUAUUCUA